AUGUUUCUGCGUAAAAGUUUAGUAUUUCUAAUGCUUUUCCUUGUGAUCAGCUCAGCAACGGCGGCACGUAAAACCAAACGUCCUGUCAAGCCGGCCAAAACAUUCCCUCGCACAAAUGUAACACCUUCACCGCAAGCCGCGACCAGCAGCAGCAGCAGUACAAGCACAACCGCACAACCCAUCAUUAGUUCCAGCAGUACAUCGAGCACAGCAGCCCCUCAACUGAAGACGGAAAAUGUUAGCAUUGAGGAAGCUGAUUUGCCCGGAAAUUUACUACAGAACAAUGACAGUGAAUUGCCAAAACCAUUGGAAUCCACUAACGGAAAUGCCCAGUUGCCACAAGAAUCAAAGACAGAAAAGCCAAUGACUGAAAAUGGCGGUGCUGCUGGUAUGAUUGAAGAGGAAUGUGAUCCGGAUAUGAUUGGUUUUGAAAUUAUAACGGGUUAUGUAUUAUCGGCGCCAUCAAAAAUGCUUGACACACUGCCCGGUACACUUAUGUUGACCGAUUGCCUGGAGGCCUGUCAGAUAAAUGAAUCAUGCAGCGCAGUUAAUUAUGAAACCGGACUCUGUGUAUUAUUCAAAACAACAGCGGACAAAACACCAGGUUCACUUUCUCGUUCCCAAUUCCCAGUCUUCACAAUUUACGCACAAAAAUCUUGUUUGGGUGUACGUCCUUGUUCCAAGGCCUGGUGCAUUGAUCGUGUACAAAACUAUCGUUUAGUGGAUCAUGUUAAAUCCAGUCAAACGGUGUACUCAAGACGCGAUUGUUUGGAAUUGUGUUUGGGUGAAACUGAAUUUACAUGCAGAUCUGCCAAUUAUUAUCGUCAUUCCGGCUUGUGUGAAUUGAGUGAUAUGGAUCGUAUUACCUUGUCGGGCGGCAACAAUGUGGAACCCUAUGAUGGUGCUGAUUAUUUGGAAAACAAUUGCGCUGAGGAACCCAGUAAAUUGUGUGAAUUCAAAAGGAUUUCCGGUAAAAUCUUAAAGACUGUCGAUUCGGUGUAUCAGGAUAUCAACUCCAUUGAAGAAUGUCGUGAUUUGUGCUUGAACUCGCCUUACAGAUGCCACUCCUAUGACUACAAUGAUACCGGUGAUAUGGUCUGCCGUUUGUCUCACCACUCUCGCUCCACCUUGACCGAUGUUUUGGAUCCCUAUUUGGAUGUCCCAGAGGCUGCCACCUAUGAAUUGUCUUCCUGCUACAAUGUCUCCAUUGAAUGUAAAUCCGGUGAAAUGAUUACCAAGAUUCGUACCUCCAAAUUGUUCGAUGGUAAGGUAUAUGCCAAGGGUGCCCCUAAAUCCUGCUCCGUGAAUGUAAACAACUCCUUGGAAUUCGAUUUCCGUAUGGGUUACAAUGAUUUGGAAUGUAAUGUCCGCCAGUCAGCCUAUGGUCGUUAUAUGAAUGAUAUUGUUAUCCAACAUCACGAUAUGAUUGUUACCUCCUCGGAUUUGGGUUUGGCCGUGUCUUGCCAAUAUGACUUGACCAAUAAGACCGUUUCGAAUGAUGUUGAUUUGGGUGUUACCGGCGAAAUUGAAUCCUCGUUGAGCGAAGAAAUCAUCAUUGAUUCACCCAAUAUUAUCAUGAAGAUCACAUCUCGCGAUGGCAGUGACAUGAAACGUAUUGCUGAAGUCGGUGAUCCCCUGGCUUUGAGAUUCGAAAUUACCGAUCAAAACAGUCCCUAUGAAAUUUUCGUACGUGAAUUGGUUGCUAUGGAUGGUACAGAUAAUGCUGAAAUUACCUUGAUUGAUGCUCAUGGUUGCCCCACCGAUCAAUAUAUUAUGGGUCCAGUACAAAAGAUGUCACAAAAUAGGAAAUUCUUGGUUUCCCAAUUCGAUGCUUUCAAAUUCCCCUCAUCCGAAGUUGUGCAAUUCCGUGCCUUGGUAACCCCCUGUAUUCCACGUUGUGAACCUGUUAUUUGCGAUAAUGAAGAUUCCGUUAGUGGUGAAUUGAAGUCCCUCGUGUCCUAUGGUCGUCGCAAGAGAUCCAUUGUCAAUGGUACAGAUGGUGCUGAAUUCAUGGUCUCCUCAUCCGCCUUCCACCACCAUGGCCGCCAUCAACGUGAUGUUAGUCAAAAAUCUGCCGAAGAUAAUAUUCUGCUGGUCCAGUCUAUUCAAAUUACCGAUAAAUUCGGCUUCAAUCAAGAGGAAACAAAUGCCCUGAAUUCUGCAGAUGAUCAUGAAAAGGUUUAUGCUGGCAUUGCCGAAGAAUCGUUCACUUGCCUAAAUGGUUAUGGUCUCAUCAUUGCCGGUGCUGCAUUCCUAUUGGCUCAACUCUCAGUCAUUGUUAUCUGGAAGACUGUACAGAAACGCUCCAAGAAAGAACGUUAUCUCUAUCAACAAGAUUCGGCACCAUCAUCGGUUAAUUAUGGUGCACCCACCAUGGUCUAUGGAGCCUCCCACCUACAACACAGUUCAUCAUCACAGGGCAAGGCCAGUGAUACAUUGGGUAAACUCUAUGACAGUGGCAUGAGUGGACGUUAUGGUCAGCAAUAUUAAGAGAAAGAAAAACAACAAAAUCUGGCACAUUAGGA